CAGUGUUACGAUACUAGUGGUGGCAGUCUGGUGUCUCUCUCUCUCUCCCACACACACAUACACACACACACACUGCCUUCACUACCACCCCCCGCACAGUCACGUUGUCUUCACCACUCUCACUCAACCUGCCACAUGGUCAUUUCGGAAUCUCCGGGGAUGUAAUGUUGAAGUCAGCCCAGCUCCCAUGUCUGACAGCGGGCAUUCACACCAUUCCAUCAGCCAGUGAUUUCCUUGCAAGACUCAGAAAGUUGCAUCAGCAAACACAACGCAUUUUCCAGGAAGUGUAUGAGGAAUCAGAUCUUUGUGGCACUCGGCAAGCUACCCAGGAGAUCAGAUGAGGUUGUGGCAGUAGUGGUGUGGGACUUAAGGUGUUGUGGAUCAGGGUCAGCAGGUGUCAGCAGCACUCAGCCCCACCAUAUACUGGUGACCCACCAAGAGGCUGGUUAACAAUUUAUUCUCUGACCAUUUUCUUCCAGUGUGAAGGUAGCAGCGUCACUCAUAGCUCCUAGUCUGUGGACGCUUUGAUCAACUCAACUAUUCUGUCACCUGCAUUGUGCAUCUUGACAAAAAUUAUUGAAAACAAUACUGAAAAAUAAUCAACAGUUUUGUUGGAAGUGAUUUAUCUUUACAAUAUUGUAAAUGGUAUAAUUUUGUUUUCCAAGUGAAAUACCGGGAAAAUAAUAGAACAAUUUUAGUUUGAGUUAUAAUAGAGGAAAAUAUCAAUAGUAUAUUAUAAAAUAGUGGCGAGUUAAUUGGUAAAGCGCAGGAGGGUGGCAGUUGUGGUGUAGAGCGAGUGUUGUGAAGGUGUGUAGUGUGAGAGCGUCACUCUAGGAUGGGAUAACACCCAGUGUGUGUGACCACUAUAUUAUUCAGCACCACCCUAGCUCUUACAACGUAGCUAUGUUUCGCUCACAGAAAACUUUGCAGAGUAAGCGGGAGAUGUUUUUCAAGACGGAUGGUGGCAGUGGGGGAGGAGGAUCAGGUGGGGGUGGGGGCGGGACCCCCUUAGCUGCCCCCACCACGGCUCCUCCAGCCCCUCCCGUCACAGCCCCCUCCACGGCGCCGCCCCCGCCCCCUGCCAACACUACUGGUCCCGCUUCUACCCCCGCCAGCGUGGCGUCCAUCAAGGAACAGCUCCUCACCACCAAGGAACGCAAGGAACACAAGGAUGAGGAGAACAAGGAGAACAAACUAGUGAAGGAGCUGGUGAAGGAGCGGCGGCCGCGGGAGGUGGACGGUUACGUGGGAUUCGCCAACUUACCCAACCAAGUGUACCGCAAGGCUGUGAAGCGUGGCUUCGAGUUCUCCCUCAUGGUUGUUGGUGAAAGUGGACUGGGAAAGAGCACACUCAUCAACUCCAUGUUCCUCUCUGACAUUUAUUCCAAUGACCACCCUGGACCCUCACACCGUGUCAAGAAGACUGUCCAGGUGGAGACAACCAAAGUUCUUCUGAAGGAAAAUGGUGUUAAUCUGAUGUUGACGGUGGUUGAUACUCCAGGGUUCGGAGAUGCUGUCGACAACAGUGACUGUUGGCAACCCAUCACUGACUAUGUGGAAACAAAAUAUGAAGAAUAUCUUAAUUGUGAAUCUAGAGUCAACAGAACACAGAUUAGUGAUAGCCGAGUCCACUGUUGUCUCUACUUCAUUGCUCCAUCGGGCCAUGGUUUAAAACCCCUCGAUGUUGAGUUUAUGAGACGUCUCCAUGACAAAGUGAACAUUAUUCCUGUCAUAGCCAAAGCAGAUACACUCACACCUGAUGAAUGUCAGCACUUGAAAAAACAGGUACUUAAUGAAAUAGCUCAGCACAAGAUAAAGAUUUAUGAAUUCCCAGAUGAAGAAGGUGAUGCUGCUGGCAGUAAAAUGAAGCAGCGAGUACCAUUUGCAGUGGUUGGGUCCAAUACUACAGUCGAAGUUGAAGGGAAAAAAGUUAGAGGUCGAAAAUACCCUUGGGGAAUAGUUGAAGUUGAAAACAUAGAGCACUGUGACUUCAUACCUCUGCGCAACAUGAUGAUCCGUACACACAUGCAAGACCUGAAAGAUGUGACUAAUAACGUUCACUAUGAAAAUUAUCGGUGUCGCAAGUUAGCUGGUGUCGGAGGAGCAGAUGGAAAAAUUAAGGUUUCAAACAAGAACCCUCUCGCUCAGAUGGAGGAAGAAAAGAAGGAACACACAAACAGGAUGAAAAAGAUGGAGACAGAAAUGGAGCAGGUGUUUGAAAUGAAAGUUAAGGAGAAAAUGAGCAAACUUACAGAAUUGGAAGCAGAUUUACAAAAACGUAACGAGUCUAUGCGUAAAAAACUAGAAGCUGAUCUAUCGGAAUUGGAUGAAGAACGAGAACGAUUUGAACAUGAGAGAAAAGCAUGGGAGGCAGCCAAUGGCAUAACUGUGGAGGAGCUGCGUCGCAAGUCUCUCGAGUCCAUCAGCAGAGAGACCUCCUCCCUGGCGUCUUCCAGCACCACCUCGGGAGGCUCUCAGAAGAGCUCUCCAAAGUUCUCGCGUACCUACUCACUUCCCAGACAUAAAUUCAAACAAAACGAGCAGUGUAACCAGCAGUAAUAGGUCAAGACGACAAGAUAAAGAAGGGCAUCUCUUUCUGUUAUCAUUCCUACCCUCUUAUGUCUUAAGCAUUCUACUUUGAGUUGAUGCUCAAGCUAAAGAAUACUUUUUUUUUAAACUGAAACUUGUCAUUACUAUAAUGAUGUUUAGUUUUAUCGUACAAGUGUGUUCAGUUGGUAAUUGUUGUAUAUGUAUUUUGGAAAGGUUGUUAAACUCAUAUGUAAGAUGACUGAACAAUGUAAGGAUCUCCUGCCAUUAAAAAUUAAAAACAUUAAAAUUCUGCAAUACACACAAAAUGUAUUUUGUUGUAUGAAUACUACGAGUUAAGAUUUACUAUGCAGAUACAUGAGUAGUCGAGCCAUAUAGCUAACUCCUCUGGUUGUCUUCAGCAAGGCCACUGUUCAACUCUCUUGUAUAUAGAAUUAACAUUGCCUCUUUCUGCCUUCUUUUAUUGUUUCAUAUAAGAGUUGUUCUGAUAUUUUCAGUUUUGUUUUGAUGCAUUACAGUUGCAUCCUCAAUGUCUGCAUUAAGGGUAGACUUAAAUGCUUCAGAAGUAGACAAGUGUUUUACAUAUACAGUAACAAGAAUGCUGUAAAUGCAAAUGGUAGAAUCUGUGUAGGUUGAUUACUAUAAAGAAAAGGUUACUAUAAAAAACAAGUACUAUCUAAACUAAAAGAAAACAAGAGUGACCAACACAUGUGAAUUGUUUCAUUAUCUGCAAGGUGAUAUACAUUCUGCCAAAUCAGUAAUGAGCAGUGGUAUAUGUGAUAAAUUUCUUAGUAAACUGAUUAAAAUUGUGGUAAAACUGCAUUACUUGUAAGUAAAUUCUUUGUCUCAAAUGAAAAUGAUAAAAUUAAACAAUUUGAAUAGAGGGUAAAGGAGGAGGAUGAUAAAGUUGAGUUAGCUGGUAGAAAUAAGAGGAGGAUAAGAAGUUAAUACAGUUAAAAUAUGUAAAAACAAUAAAAUAUGAGGCCAGAAUGAGGUGCUUGGCUAUUGCAAGCUAGUUAGUGUUUUAUUUCUUACGUUCAACACUGCAGCAUGAAAUAUCAAUUGUUUCCUUGUGUAAAGUUUGUAAACAGUAAUAUGCCAUUACAGCAGUGGUUACUUUUUUUUUUUUUGUAUAAAAUAUCAAUAACCAUUCUUUCAAAGAAUGUUAUUUAUAGAGAAUAAAACUGAUUCUUGUAUCUGCAUAGUAAGUAUUCCUGUUCUUAAUUUAAUGAUGUGGUCUCUUACCUAGGUGCUUACCUACUGAUUAUCUAGAUUCUUACCUAGAUGCUUUCCUAGGUUCUUGCCUAGGUGCUUAUUGUUGAAAGUGUUUGGAGUUCCUUGUUCAUUGUUGCAAUAAGUCUUUUAAGAUACUUUUUUUAUUCAUUUUGUUGAAUGUAAUAUUCAACAAAGCUGAGACUAUGUUUCCCUUUGUGAUCAAAUUUGUCUAUUAGAAGCAGCUACUCACUCCUCAUACUAUAGUGGCAUUACACUGGCAUUAUUAUCAAAAAAAUAAAGAUUUUGAUGAAAAUUUUGAAUUUCUUUAUCAAAACAUUAUAUUAGCAUUAACAGAUGAACAAAUAUGAAUAUUAUGGUUGUUGAUGUUCACUGAAUGAUUUUGGUGGUUGCAGGCCUCUAACAAGAACAACUAGUUUGUGAGUGGCAGUUGACCAGUCAGACAUCCCAUAAAGUAAUUUGUAAGACUACACAAUUAUUACAUUUAAUGUACAUAUUUAAUUUUUCACUAAAAUUUUAGUCUUAAAGAUAUAUAAGAAAUGGACACAUGUUUAUAAGUUUCAGAUUAUAUUACAGUAUUUCUAUAAAUUCCACUUAAAGGUUUGUAAUUAAUUAGGAGUUUUCAAGUACUAAUAGGAAACACACUCCAAUACAUCGAGUGGUUAAAUAUUACAGCUGGCUACAGUCCUGUACAGUAAACCUUGGGGAAAUUUUUCCUAUGUCCUACCCUUUCUUGAAGCUCAGGAUAAAAUCUCAUCAUUUGCAAACGUAGUGCAUAGGCCUGAUAAAUACGCUUAUUAAUGCUUUGCCAUGCCUUCUACAGGACUCAUUGAUCAAGCUUGCAUUUCUGGCAGCACUAAGAGGUGCCUCUGCUUGUUGCAUCAUCUCCUAUGCUUUAUUCUAAAUCUACUAAGCUCCAGCUCUAGUUUAAAGGACACAAUGGGCUUCAUAUUAUAAUUUUUCCAAGUGUUUUGAAUUUUACAAGAGUACUGUAAUUUCAUUCUUGCAUGCACACCAUGUACUAUAUACAUAUUUUUUUUUUUAACACAUUGGCCAUCUCCCACUGAGACACCAAACACUUAAUAUUUACUUAUGCACUUAGCAGCUGGCUAGCUAUUAGCCACUAACAUGGGUAGAAAUAUUUAGGCUUAAUUUUAU